CCUUCAACCACUGCGGACUUCCCCGGGGAUGAGCAUCCGCAUUAGUACAGUUAUUCGUAUAUAUAGAAAGAAAUAUUACUGACUUUCCAUACAUUUAAAUAAAGAAAGAUGACUAAAAAUAUCGAAUAAACUUUCUCAUAAAUCUAAUAGUUUAAUAAAUAUAGUGCUUAUAAUAAUAAUACCAUAAAGCAAUGAAAGUGUUUGAGCUCGGCUGAUAAUACAGAUAGCAAGCAUGAUGUCUCAGCACUUGACCAGCAUGUUCGAACAACUCGGAAACUUUACGAAAAACAAUUUGACGCCGAGCAACAAGUCAGUGAAGGAGAAAGAGAAGGCAAAUAUGAACCAUGUCAAUCAACAGACCUCUCCUUCACCCAAAGUGCAGCCGUUGCUUUUGAAGAAACCCUGUAAGCUGCGUAAUGUGUCAUCUAAGGCUGAAUCUUAUGACACGCUCUACGGUAACAGCACAAUGCCGACGCUGUGUAACGAGCAAACAUGCAUGGGCAGUCUGAUGGCCAUACCUGGUCGUGGAGAUAUCCCCAGGUUACCUGAUGAAGUCCUCAACGACGCUAAAGACUUUCUUGGACAAUAUUUUGCGUCUAUACGACGUGCCAAUACACCAGCUCACGAAGCACGUUGGAGAGUUGUACAGGAGGAAGUUGCCAAGACAGGGACCUAUCAGCUAACGACUACUGAACUUGUGUUCGGAGCUAAACUAGCGUGGAGGAACGCCAGUCGAUGCAUCGGGAGAAUACAGUGGUCUAAGUUACAGGUUUUCGACUGCAGACAAGUAACAACUACAAGCGGUAUGUUUGAAGCUCUUUGUAACCACAUCAAGUACAGCACAAACAAGGGAAAUAUAAGGUCUGCGAUAACGGUGUUCCCGCAGCGCACAGACGGGAAGCACGACUACAGAAUAUGGAACAGUCAGCUGAUCAGCUAUGCUGGAUACAGGCAGCCAGAUGGGACCGUGUUGGGAGAUCCUAUGCAUUGCGAAUUUACCGAGCUUUGCCUCAAACUGGGUUGGAAGCCAACGCGUACGGCCUGGGACAUACUGCCAUUGGUUCUGUCGGCGAACGGCAAGGACCCAGACUAUUUUGAAAUACCUCGCGACCUGGUUAUGGAAAUUCACAUGACACAUCCCACAUGCGAGUGGUUCGAAGAGCUCCAGUUACGUUGGUACGCCCUGCCCGCUGUCUCCAGCAUGCGCUUCGACUGUGGCGGAAUAGAGUUCACGGCCAACGCCUUCAACGGAUGGUACAUGAGUACUGAGAUCGGAUGUAGGAACUUCUGUGACGUCAACAGAUUAAAUAUGUUAGAGAAAGUAGCUGAAAAAAUGGGUUUGGAUACGAGAACACCAGUGAACCUCUGGAAGGACAAGGCUUUAGUGGAAGUAAACGUGGCCGUCCUGCACAGCUUCCAGCAGCAGAACGCUACCAUCGUGGAUCACCACACAGCAUCUGAGAGCUUCAUCAAACAUUUGGAUAAUGAGAAUAGAUUACGAUCGGGAUGUCCAGCGGACUGGAUAUGGAUCGUGCCGCCGAUGUCGUCAUCAAUCACGCCCGUGUUUCAUCAAGAGAUGGCGCUCUACUAUCUGCGCCCGUCGUAUGAAUAUCAGGAACCGGCGUGGAAAACGCAUCAAUGGCAAAAGUCAAAGCCGAUAUCAGGCAAACGACCUAUCAAUAGGAAGUUCCACUUCAAGCAGAUUGCUCGCGCUGUCAAGUUCACAUCGAAACUCUUCGGUAGAGCCCUCUCUAAGAGGAUUAAGGCCACCGUCUUGUACGCCACCGAGACUGGAAAAUCUGAACAGUAUGCAAAAGAAUUGGGAGUUAUAUUUGGACACGCAUUUAACGCUCAAGUACAUUGUAUGGUAGACUACGACAUUACUAGUAUUGAACACGAGGCGCUGCUAUUGGUUGUAACAUCUACAUUUGGAAAUGGAGAUCCGCCAGAAAAUGGUGUUGCUUUUGCAGAGCAUCUAUGUGAACUUUUGUAUGCGGAUCAAGUUGAUAUUGAGAGUUCUGGUGGCAACAGUACUAGCCAAUUGCUGACACCAAAAACAUUCAUUAGAGCGAACAGUCAAAUUGAGUUUCAAAGGUAUGCGGUGACUAACCCAAAACAAUUAAGCCGACUGGAAUCUUUAAAAGGCAGUGCUACAGACACUACCUCCAUUGAUAGUUUUGGUCCACUGAGUAACGUACGCUUUGCCGUGUUUGCUCUGGGGUCAAGCGCAUAUCCAAACUUCUGUAACUUCGGCAAGUAUGUGGAUAAAUUACUUGGAGACCUCGGUGGCGAGCGCAUCCAUGAGCUAUCGACGGGUGACGAAAUGUGCGGCCAAGAUCAAGCGUUUAGGAAGUGGGCUUCCGGUGUUUUUAAUGUUGCCUGUGAGACGUUCUGCUUGGAUGACGAUGAAACUUUACAAGAAGCAAAAAGGGCUCUAGGAACUGUAACACUUAGUGAAGAGACUGUAAGAUUUGCAUAUCCAGAAAUUAAGCCUCCUACACUACUUAAUGGCUUACAAUCGGCCUUAAACAGGCAGUUAAUAGCUUGCACUGUAAGAGCUAAUAAAGACUUAGGAGAUACUACAGCUGAAAGAUCAACUAUCUUCAUAGACUUGGAACCAAAGAACCAGGUCAAAUAUGACCCAGGAGAUCAUGUUGGCAUAAUAGCAUGUAACAGAAGGGAUCUUGUAGAUAAUUUACUAGGUAGAUUAAAAGAUAUCGAGGAUUUUGAUACGCCAGUACAACUACAUAUGAUGAAAGAAACGCACACAUCCAGUGGACCAGUGAAGUCAUGGGAACCACACGAGAAACUACCAGCUGUCAGCAUUCGCGAUUUGUUUACAAGAUUCUUGGAUAUAUCAACACCGCCAACUACUAUACUGUUGCAAUAUUUGGCUAAAACUUGCAGCAAUGACGAGGAACGAAAACAACUCAAUAUAUUGGCAACGGACCCGUCAGCUUACGAAGAUUGGCGUCACUACUACUUCCCGACACUAUCAGAAGUAUUAGAUCAGUUUCCAUCAGCGAAGCCAAGUGCCUCGUUACUUGCAGCCUUGCUGUCUCCUCUUCAGCCAAGAUUCUAUUCUAUAUCAUCUUCACCAUUAGCACAUGCAAAGCGUUUGCAUCUAACUGUUGCUGUUGUUUCUUACAGAACUCAAGAUGGUGAAGGUCCGGUACACUAUGGUGUUUGUUCAAAUUAUCUCAUGGACCGUAAACCUGGUGACGAGGUUUAUCUCUUCAUUCGAAGUGCUCCAAACUUUCAUUUGCCACAGGAUCUCUCAGUCCCAUUGAUACUGAUAGGCCCCGGCACAGGCAUAGCCCCAUUCAGAGGAUUUUGGCAUCAUCGUAGGGCACUGCUUAACUCUCGAACUCGUCACAAUGCUGGCCCAGUCUGGUUAUUCUUCGGCUGUCGUACUAGAACCAUGGACUUGUACAGAGAGGAGAAACAACAAGCUCUGAAAGAUGGAGUACUCUCUAAAGUAUUCCUAGCUUUAUCAAGAGAGAAAGAUGUACCAAAGAUGUACGUGCAAGAAUUGGCUGAGAAGGAAGGGGCAGAAAUACACGAUUUACUUAUAAAUCGUGGAGCUCAUUUCUUCGUUUGUGGUGAUUGUAAAAUGGCUGAGGAUGUGCAGCAGAAGCUCAAGGGGAUUAUAAAGAAACACGGAAAUAUGACUGACGAACAAGUGCAGAGUUUCAUGUUUAAAUUAAAGGAGGAGAACCGCUAUCAUGAAGAUAUAUUUGGAAUAACCCUUCGCACCGCUGAGGUUCAUAGCGCUUCACGUGAAUCUGCAAGAAGAAAUCGUAUCGCAACACAACCCUGACGGCGGUCUUCACGACUGCUUUCAACUGUUUAUAAAGACAAUUACCUUAAUUCCGUUCAACUUGGAAGACAUCUUGAAUAACUUGAUUCUAAUCUAUCAAUUGAUUCAAAUAAAAAAGGAUAAACAAGUGAAAUUUUACGUGAAGUUUGGCGACCGUUAGUGUUUUUCUCGUAAUAUAUUUAAGAAAUAUAAUAUUAAACUUGAAAAGAUAAAAUUCAUGUUCAACGACUUUAACGUAGAUUAUAUCUCUUCAUUUCUCUAUUGAGUAACUUUCCUGCUUUCCAGAAUAUUAUAGUACUUGUAUAAGGAAUUCGAAGCUCCAGAAAACUCAUUAAAAUAAAACCUGUGCCAAUAACUUAAAUAUUAUCAAUAAUAUUUCAUGCCUAUGUGUCAUAAGAUAUUUUCGUUAUGAUAAUUUUACAAUACUAGAUAAUAUUAAAAGUAUUAAAUGGAAAACGGAAAUUCAAAUAAAUGGUGACGAAUUCAAUCUGGUAUUUCAAUCAAUAAUAAAUAUCUAAAAGUUUGUUGAACCACCUGUUGCUAAUAUACAACCACUCAUCUUGAAUAAUAAUCAAGACCAAAUGUUGUAUAUAUUCUCACAUAUUCUCAAUGUGAGAGUAUAUACGAUCGCAAUUAAUAAGUAUGAGUGUAUAUUAGUUAUAAUUAUAAAACUUGACUUGACUAAGAAAAACUUUUCGUGUUACGUAUCUAUUCUUCAAUCCUGUAACUACGAGUAACUAUUAUAUGCGUGACAUUCUAUUAAACAUUUCAAGAGUUUGACUUAGAAAAAAUAUUAUAACAUAGUAAAAAUGUCUUUCAUGUUUCAUUAAUCGUAUUGUAAAUAUUGCAUUAUUGCAUUCAAUUCACUUCAAUCUUUUUAUGUAAUAGUAAAUUUAAAUUCAGAUAUUAUCAAAAUUAAUAUUACGUAAACACAGAUUUGAAUUUAAUGUAUUUUGUGCUCUAUAGAAUAGUUAAUUAGCUUAGUAUUAUGAUGCUUAACUAUUGUGAAAUUUUUAAAAUAUUAAUGUACAAUCCAUUUACUUGUAUUUACUUCUAAAUUGCUUCGCUCUUGUGAUGUCAUUGUUUAAAAUAAGUUCUCACCAUUCCGUAUUUUUAUUGUAAAUAUAUCAUAUACUCUAUUGCUUAUUUUACGCAAUACUUUUGUAAUAUUCGAUUUAUUUUAUAGUUUUAACAUAAUUGAGUCAUAAAUUUUAGGAGUUUAGAUCAAAAAUUUUAGACAUCGUUUUAUUACUAAUGAUUUUUAUUAUUGAAUUGAUUAUUAGAUUGAAAACUUUACUAUUAAAAGGAGAAUAUUAUCUUUGUGAUUCUUUAAACUAGUCGUAAGAAAUGUAUUCAUAUUUCUAUUAUGAUAGCGUAAUUCAUAUUAAUAAAAAGCUAAAAUUUAACUAUAUUUUCAAAGAUAUAUAAAAUUUAACAAAUAAUUCAAGUUUUAAAUCAUAUCUCUACAUUUUGAAUGGCACUUUUGGGAUUAUUAUUACCUAUAAGAAGUCAUAUCAAAUAUAUUCGCACUAUUUCAGCUAUUAAGGUUGUACCAAGUAAAGCUAAAUUCAAUUACUACAAAGUAUUUGUCUGUUUAAAUGAAAAUAAAGUUCCUUCAUGAUUA